CACCUUUAUUGUUGAAUUGAGACCAUUUAUAUUGUAUCUCAAGGAAGAAACUAUGAAGCACUUGCAGACAUCRAUAGCUGUUAUAAUAUUGGUUCUUUCUGGAUGUACCCUUUUGAAGUCAAAGAAAUUACGCAACAGAACAAAAUUCCGUCUUAAAAAUAGCAUGAAAACUUGUCAAAGCAACAUAUGUCUCAGAACUUUCAGACGUUCAGGGAAGUUCACUGUCUUCCACUCUGGUCUGGGAGAAAGCGAUCCAAAAUCGAUUACAGUUACGUUUGACGCCAUUAGAGAAAGAGAUGGCUUCGGCCAUCUUAUUGGUAACAAAGGACCGUGGUGGAAAGGUCAACACUCCUUUUUAAACUUUGCUAAUCUAGACUUUUCAUUCAGUAAAAUUGAAGAAAAUUCAACUUAUAAGGGCAUCAAAGCUUCCAGGUUCAAUUUCUCAGCCACCAUWCCGAGGUCUGGUGGWGCAGUCCUUAACAUUCCUAUGUAYAUCUUUAAAGAGUAUGGGAUCCUAGACGUGUGUGAUGAGGAAGAGGURGUUAUUAGGCCUGGCAUUAUUAAGUACAGCAUUGAGGUGUACAACUGGAAGUUCUGCAAGGACUACGAAUGUUCACCAAAGGGAUUUAAGAAGAAGCGUUUUGGAUCAUAUCUAGACAUCAUUCUUACUGUGAAGAAGAGAGGGAAAGGUUUUCGAGGAACACAUUGGUGGCAGAGACGCAAACACAGACGUAAAGGGAGGAAAAGACCAAAAGKAAGAAAGCUAAUCCAAGCUCAGAAAUUCUUCUUUGGGGAGUCAAGUAUAACAUUCCCCGAUAAUUACGUAUCAGAUGGUAAUUGUACCUCGAUGCCACCUGGGUUUCCGUCCCUCUGGACGAAGCGACGAGGAGUGGAAUACAAAGUUCGUUUGCGCUUCGCCAAUUUUGACAAAUUCGUGAAGUACGAYCCCAUGCUUGACCUCGAUGACCCAGGAAUGAUUGCAAAUAGCAAAGUAGAACAGACUGCAGUGGCACCUASAUUACAUCUUUUUGCUCUAACCCAGCUCUCUGCGACAACUGAGCCUGUAACUAGUUUUCAACCUAUCAGUACUAAUAAAGUUGAGCCUUCCAGUAGCAUUGCAGCGGUGACGUCAAAAAGAUCUGAACCUACAAACAUGUUAAUGGUGACGUCAAGCAGGACUGGUGGGUCUUCAUGGAUCAUUGCAACAAGAUUCUCAAAUGCAGCACAGUCUACAAUCACUACUGCUGCUCUGUCAGCAGGUCCUAUUGAGCCUACAGGCUCAAUGAGAACCCUGGUAACUUUUACCUCUCAGCCCGAAGUGAUUACAUUGUCAUCGGCAACUUCAACGCCAGCAAAGACUUCAAGGUACUCAAGGAUAUAUGAACCUUCCAACAAUAUUAAAGCAGCCAUCCCAUCAGGCACAGAUGAAACUAAAGAAAGCCUUAUAUUCACCAUUGCAAAAAACUCCUCUGGGCCUUCAAUCAUUAAAGAAGCGAUUCACUUAGGCCCAGAUAUGACUGCAAGCAGAUUUAAAGCAGUGACGUCAAGCUUGGCUGAACCUGGAAGUAUUAAACCACUUAACUACUCAAGCACAGCUGAGUUUUCAAGAAGUAUCAAAGAUACAUACUCAAGAAAAAGUGAGCCUUCAAGCAUAAAUGUAUCAGCGGCGAUCUUAAGCUCCGCUAAUCUUUCAAGCAGUAGUGCGUUAACAUUUAGUGCAAUUAAUCUUUCAAGCAUUAUCAUAACAGAAGCCUCAAUAGCAGUUAAACCGCCAUCAAACAGCACCGUCGGACCUUCAGGCAACCUAACGGACGCUAGCCCAAUCACAGUUAAGCCUUCAAAUAUAAUAGGAGCUGGUUCCACAGAGACACCUAAACCUGGAGAGAUGACCGCAAACAUAGCAAAACCUGCAGACAGCAUUAUAACAGCGGUAUCUUCGUUCUUAACUACGGCUUCAAGCAAGUACAAAGCUGCGGUGACGCCAAGCACCGGCGAGCCUGGUAACACCAAUACAGCGGUAACCUCAAGUACAUCUGAGCGUGCAAUAAUCCUUACAGCGGUACCGCCAUUAGCCAAUAUCGCACCCCGACCGGUUGUUCAAGUUGUCAAGGAUUAUAGGGAUGAAAUCGAUUGA